AUGUUUAGGUUAAAAAACUACUGUCAACUACGAAGAAGAUUUAUGACUUCAAUUGCUAAUGAAUAUCAAUUAAAAUGUGGAUUGGAAAUCCAUACUCAGUUAAAUACAGAAAAAAAAUUAUUUUCUCUAGCAAAAAAUGAUCCAUUCGGAUCAAUAUCUAGUCCAAACCAUCACGUUAGUUACUUUGAUGCUGCAUUACCUGGGACACGACCUAUCCUAAACUAUGAAUGUGUUUUGAAAGCAUUGAAAUUGGCAAUUUCUUUGAAUUGCGAUGUAAAUUUAAACUCUCACUUUGAUAGAAAACAUUAUUUCUAUGGAGACCAACCGCAAGGUUAUCAAUUGACACAGCAUUAUUCACCCAUUGCAUCUAAUGGUUAUCUCAACCUUCACUCAGAUAUUGACAACCUCGAUACUCCAACAAAAAAAAUUAAUAUUAUUCAAUUACAGUUAGAACAGGAUACAGGUAUGUCUCACUACGACAACUAUGAGAAGAAGACAAUGAUAGAUUUGAAUAGAUCUAAUGUCCCACUUAUUGAACUUGUUACAGAACCAAAUUUUGAUAGUGUGCCACAAGUUAUAGCCUUUUUGAAAAAAUAUCAAAAUUUAGUGAGAAGAAUUAAUGUAUCAACAGGAAAUUUGGAGACUGGUGCAAUCAGAGUUGAUGUGAAUGUAUCAGUUGGUGAUUAUCCAAGAGUAGAACUGAAAAAUUUAUCAAACACAUCAUCUAUUUCAAAUGCAAUUAAAUACGAAUAUGAUAGACAGAUUAAUAUUAUAAAACAAGGAAAAGCAGCUGAGUUAUUGCGUUAUGAAGAAACUAGGGGAUGGAACGGUUAUGAAACUAUCAAAUUAAGGAGUAAAGAAACAACGAUUGAUUAUAGAUAUAUGCCAGAUCCAGAAUUAGGAUGUAUUAGAUUAGAUUAUUCUAUUAUUAAAGAUAUAAAGAAAUCUUUACCAAUCAGUACAGAUGACGAAAUUAGAAUUUUUCUAAAUGAACCAUAUAAUUUAAGUCUCAAGAAUGCUAAGUUGUUAUGUAUUCAGAAUGGGAAAAAUGAAUAUUAUACAAAUGAAGAAGUCAAGAAAUAUUAUUUAGAUAGUUUUAAUUUAUUUAGAGAAGUAAUACCUCCGUCGUUUGAAAGGGAUUGUAAAAUUAUAGCUAAUUGGGUUAUUAAUGAAUUAUUAGGUGAUUUGAAUAAAUUAGAGUUACCUUUGAAAAAUAUUCAAGAAUUAUUUCCACCAACUAAGUUUAUUGAAUUCAUCAAAUUGUUACAAAACGGGAAAGUUUCUAAUACAGGUGGUAAGAGAUUAUUAUUUUAUAUAUUAGAAAAUAUUCAAACGAAACAGUUUAAAGGAAAUAUUGAUCUUCAAUAUCUGAUUCAAAAACUCAAUAUCGAAAUAAAAUCAUCCGUAGAUGGAGAAGAAUUAUUAAAACAAUGUCAAAGUAUUAUUGAUAAUAUCAAUAACCCUAAACUAAUAGAGAAUAUCAAAUCUGGAAAGAAAAAAAAUUCAUUAAAUUAUUUAGUCGGUAUAGCCAUGAGACAGACUAGAGGAAGAGUGAAACCAACAGAAUAUCAACGUAUAUUUAAAAACAUAUUAAUGAUCAAAUAA